AUGUCCUGUGCUAUUGGCAGCCAACAGCGCUCCUGUUGCAUACCUGGUUUUGAACAAGCUCUCCUGGAACGGGCACUGAAUUAUAAAUUCCCUUUUUCAGGAUCAAAGCCCUUUGCCCGCUAUGGAUAUAAACCCUCACCACCAAAUGGUUGUGGAUCUCCUCUGUUUGGAGUUCAGUUUGACAUUGGUAUCCCUUCGAUGACGAAGUGCUGCAAUCAGCAUGACAGAUGCUACGAUACUUGUGGCAAUAAAAAAAAUGAUUGUGAUGAGCAGUUUCAGUCCUGCCUCUCCAAAAUCUGCAGAGAUGUACAGAAAACACUUGGAAUAUCGGAAAGUGUACAAGCUUGUGAAUCAACAGUUCAGCUGUUGUUUGAUGCAGUUAUACAUUUAGGAUGUAAACCCUACCUGGACAGCCAGAGAGCUGCAUGCAUGUGUCAGUAUGAGGAUAAAACAGAUCUCUAAAGGAAGAUAAGAGAGCUCAUGGUAUGGAAUAAAGUAAAAGACUCAACUGGAAUGAGGCCAGUGUUCAGUAACAAAGCUUUAGACUUUUCAGAAGGUAAUAUAUUAAACACUGAUACGAAUAUACUGGUUUGAAAGCCACUACGAUACUCUUCUUAAAGUUUAAAACAAAAAAUCAAGCCUUCCUUCUCUUCCCCCCCGCAAACCCCAUGGGCUUGGAAACUGAAAUUUGUUUCCUUUGGCAUGUGUCUGUAAGCUCAGGGUGUGCUAUUGUAAGACACUAGUAUCUUUUUUACUUUAAAAAAAACUUUAAAAAAACCUUUAAAGAACUGCAUAAUAGGGAAAUCAGAGGUGCAGAAGAGCCGUAUUGAAUUCUCAGAUAUUCUUUUAAUGUAGGUCAAAUUUUAGGUUACUAGAGUUGAUGCAUCUGAUGGCUCCAACAAGAAAGACUGUUUUGUGUGAGUUUAAUAUGGCAUCUUAAAUAUCCUGUACUUUCAUGCGUUUGGUAGAAUCUCACGGGGAUAAACUGACUUCAUUUCUCUCUGAUGUAUGCUCUUCUGUGUGAAAAAACACCAGAACAGGCCCUUAAAAAGAGCAUACACCUGCACUAUAGUUCUACCUGAUCAUAUAUCAAACUCACUUCUGCAGCACUUUUCAGAUCAAACAUGUUGAUCCUUUUAAGGCUUGACCACUGAAAUGAACAGUUUGCAACCUAAGGAUAUACUUUUGAUUUGACAAAAUGCUGAAAUGUAGUUGCAAUAUUAUGUUAUUUUAAAAAUUAAUCUUAAGUGUUUAUUUUUCAAAUAAAACAUUUUGGUGCUGUAUGCGUAGAUACGAUAUAUUUGUUUCUUCAAACAGGUUGAUUUAUAUUUGUCUAGUGGUACAACUUGAUGAAUAUAUUAUCUUUGCUUUCCUUCUGUUGGAAACUAGAAGCAAGUUCCAUAGCUGUAGUCAGUGUGCCUAACAGAACCUUUUUAUUUAAAAUGCCCUCUGUGAGGCUGACAAACAUUUGAUCCUGUACUUCUGUCAUCCGUUCCCUCUGUGACUUCUCUAACUGAAAUCAUACGAUGUCUGAAUUAUUUUGGGUUUGUUCUCUGUACUGGUAUUUCAUUUCUUAUCUCCAAUUGUCAGACCUCAGUUAACUUUCUGUAUUAGGCCCUCUGUCAUAAAAACUGCUGCCCUGACUCUGCCUUAGAAAUGCACAGAGGAGAGGACUGAAAAUUAAAAUGUUACAUCUGUGAACAGGGAGUGGAAACCAUGCAAAAAGCCUGAAAUUUACCUGACUCAUGGACUACAAUGUGAUUUCUUGUCUGGAAAUACCUCUGUACGGUUUUGCUUUACAGUUGUUUGUGUUAUUUUUGUUUUGUUUUUGUUUUUCCACUAGAGCCUACUUUAUAUGACACUGAAUGUAAGUGUGCCUUCUCUUUGUAGAAUAAAGUUCCUGCUAAAGUUUU